AUGACAGAUGCGUCCUUGACAGGCUGGGACGCCACCCAGGAGGGCAGAACGGGUGGCUCUCUGGGCUUGGCCCGUAAGAGGACGAACCUAAGCGCACUGGGGCUUUCGCCGCGUGUGAUUGCUACUAUACAGAAUGCAAGGGCCGUUUCUACGCGAUCCUUGUAUGGCAGUAAGUGGCAAGUGUUCGAAGGGUGGUGCGAUGGCCGUGGUCUCACAUCUUAUCAGUGCUCAGUUCCUGAUAUUUUGUGUUUCCUCCAAGACCUCUUGGAAAAAGGCAGGUCUUUUUCCACAAUUAAGGUCUACUUGGCUGCUAUUUCAGCCUGUCAUGUGGGCUUUGAGGGCUCAACAGUCGGGCAGCAUCCUCUAAUCCGCAGAUUUAUGAAGGGUGCCCGUCGCUCCUUGCCAGUCGUCGGGAGAACUGUUCCUGAGUGGGACCUCUCCAUGGUGUUGGAGGCUCUGUCUCAAUAUCCUUUUGAACCCCUGGGAAGUAUUUCCCUAAAGCUGCUGUCCUUCAAGACAGCUUUGCUCUUGGCCUUGGCAUCGGCCAAACGUGUCAGUGAGCUACAUGCACUUUCGGUUCAUCCCUCGUGCACUAAAUUCUCUCUUAGUGGAGAUAUGGUUUCCCUUAAGCCUAAUCCGGCCUUCAUGCCGAAGUGCUUCCCUGCGUUCACUUCGGAGGUGUUGGAGCUGUCCGCUUUUCACCCUCCACCUUUUUCCUCCCCGGAGGAUGAGAGGCAAAAUGCUCUGUGUCCCGUCCGUGCUUUACGGACAUAUAUGAACAGGACCAGUGCUUUCCGGAAGAGCGACCAGCCCCUUAUUUCAUGGGCACCCCCUCAUGGAGGGAAUCCUAUUUCUAAGCAACGCCUCUCACAUUGGUUUGUGAAUGCUAUAGCUUUGGCUUAUGAAUCAAAGGGAAUGCAGCCACCAGGGGACAUCAGAGCUCAUUCCACGAGGGGCAUUGCCACCUCUUGGGCUUUGUUUAGGGGAGUGUCACUGCAGGACAUCUGCUCUGCUGCCAGUUGGGCUUCUCCUCAUACCUUUGUGCGUUAUUACCGGCUGGAUGUCACCAGUAUCUCGGUAGCACAUUCGGUUUUAGGGGUGGGGUCUUCUUAGCCCUCCCCUGCAACCCCGUUGGAAGUGAUGAAGAAGGAGUGAAUGGGCCGGCUGGCCAUGCACAUCCCUGUCACUAAGCAUGUUUUUCCAUUCCUUUUCUGGGUGUAUUUAUAUGCACAUUGGUUAUCAUGUGUGUUAUGCUAACAUGUUUCAUGUGCUGCAUGUGCACAGCAGUCAUGUGUGUGCAUCAGUAUUGCAGAUUCAUGAGUAUGGGACGUGUCAGGCACUGCCUCCCUGGGGCGACCGUCCUUCUCUGACUUUCAGAACCUCACUGUGAGUGUAUUGGGCAAUUGGGGAGC